AUAAAGAUGAUUUGAGCAAAUUUCUGUGCUAUUUACCAUUUCAGUACUACCCAAUAAGUAGCUCUCAGUUCCCAAAAAUUUGAUCCCUGUUCUAGUUAAUCAUCACUGAUAAAGUUUGCUGUUACAUCUGCUGGGCCAUUAUGACCAGGCCAUUGACUUGAUGACACGAUGGGCCACGGCUUUAUUGUGCUCUAAGCUGGUUGAGAUUGACAACAUCCACUGAUUUGGGUGUGAGGAUGAAGAGCAGCUGCGGCAGGGUGAGGUGGCAAGCGGUGCCGGUAAAAGAGACAAGACAGACGUUGGAUUUGAAUUGAAGGUAGAAUGGAAGGGGGAGGAACAGGGAGAUGCAGAAGGAGGGAGGCAGGUUCUAAGUGGGAGGAAUAGAGAGCGAGCGUGGGAGGAGCAUUUGGCAGUCGGCGCUCGGCUUGUUCACUUCAGAACUUCUCGUGGCGAAGAUCUCACAGAGGAUUUACCAUUGGCAGUUUUAGAAAUUCAAUCGGGACUUUUUUGAGAGGGGCUGGAAUAUUUUUCCAUCUUUAGGCCAACUGGCAGAGCAACCUCCAACUCAGGGAGUAAUAUGAGGAAGCCUUUAAAUGGGCUGGACCCCGGAAUCCGACUCAAGGGCCUCCAUUGGAUUUAAAAGGAGAAACAACAUGCAAACCAAUCGAUGAACCAGUGUGGCCUGUCAGAUCCUCGCCCUUAGAGCCAACAGCACCAUCGACCCAUCAUUUGGUGGGGUGAUUGUAAAUAUUUCCACUCUGCCUGAGAACCAAAGAUGAUGGACUACUUCCUGACAAGAAGUCGAGACACCAUGGAUUCAACCAGCUUUGCUCCGCUUCUCGGACCUCCUCAUAGCUGCAUGAGGCACCGCUACCAGGGUGUGAAAAGGAAACUGCGGCCGGGGCGAAUUCUUGGCUUGAUCUUCAGCAUGGCGGUGGUAUGCACAGUGUGUUCAUGGAGUGCCUUGUCUCUUGUCACCGCGGGGGUACCCAGUGAGCCUGAAUCGGCGGUUUCAGGAGAUGAAGAGGUGCCCCAAAGAACUCUCCUGGAGCACCAGAACGAGUCCAACCCCGGGGGUGACCAACAAACAUCAGAAAUUGAGAUGAAUCACGGGGAUUACCCUACAGACUACUUUAGCGUGGAGGACAGACGCCAAGGCUUUGUGGUGUUUCAUAUGUUUGGCAUGUUGUAUAUGUUUAUAGCCUUAGCCAUCGUGUGCGAUGAAUUCUUUGUCCCAGCCCUAACAGUCAUUACCGAAAAGCUGGAGAUCUCUGAUGAUGUAGCAGGAGCCACCUUCAUGGCGGCGGGCGGAUCGGCUCCAGAGUUGUUCACCUCCGUCAUAGGAGUCUUUGUUUCCCACAGUAACGUGGGCAUCGGCACCAUUGUCGGCUCGGCCGUAUUUAACAUUUUGUUUGUGAUCGGUAUGUGCGCCAUCUUCUCCAAAGAGGUGCUGAACCUCACCUGGUGGCCUCUGUUCAGAGACGUCUCCUUCUACAUUGUUGGCUUGCUCAUGCUCAUCUACUUCUUUCUGGAUAAUGAAAUCACACUGACAGAAAGUAUUUCCCUGCUCAUGUGCUACCUCACAUAUGUGACUUUCAUGAAGUUCAACGCCAAAGUAGAACUGGUCAUCAAAAGGUUACUGGGCAGCAACCAGGUGAACAUAAUCGAGACUGCACCCAAGGUCAACCCCCCUGCUGCAGAUGAUGAGAACAAACUGAUGGCCAAACCAAGGUUACAGAGGGAAGGUAGCUGUGCUUCACUGCACAACUCACUGAUGAGAAACAGCAUUUUCCAGCUUAUGAUACACACGCUGGACCCUCUGAGUAAUGAAGGACGAUUCAAAGAGAAAGCAUCGAUCCUUCACAAAAUGGCAAAACAGAAAUGUAAAGAAGAUCUGGCUGCCAGUGCCAACGGUGUUGCAAUUAAAACCAUUCCUACCAGUACUAAGGUCGCAGUGGAAGUCACGCCUCCCAUGAACGGUGUCAUAGGAGAAGAGGGUGGCGAAGAGGAGGAAGAUGAAGAUCAGCCUCUGAGUCUGGCCUGGCCUGACACCAAUAGGAAACGUAUCAUUUACCUCAUCAUCCUCCCGAUUGUCUUUCCUCUCUGGCUCACACUGCCUGAUGUCAGGAGAGAGACCUCAGAAAAGUUCUUCCCCAUCACCUUUAUUGGCGCUAUCAGUUGGAUUGCUUUCUUCUCCUAUUUGAUGGUGUGGUGGGCACAUCAGGUUGGAGAGACAUUCUGGAUCACAGAGGAGAUCAUGGGUCUGACUAUUCUAGCAGCGGGCACUUCCAUCCCUGACCUCAUCACCAGUGUGAUCGUGGCCCGAAAAGGUCUCGGUGACAUGGCUGUGUCCAGCUCAGUAGGCUCGAACAUCUUUGACAUUACUGUGGGUCUGCCGUUCCCUUGGCUCAUCUACAACUUCAUCAAUGACUUCAAGCCGGUGGAGGUGAGCAGCAACGGCCUUUUUUGUGCCAUCGUCCUCCUCUUCCUCAUGCUCCUCUUUGUCAUCAUCUCCAUUGCGGCCUGUAAGUGGAGGAUGAGCAAGUUGCUCGGCUUCCUCAUGUUCCUGCUCUACUUUGUUUUCCUCAUCGUCAGCGUCUUGCUGGAGGACAAAGUUAUUAUGUGCCCUGUAACGGUCUGAGAGAGGAGCAUGUUUGGCUACAUUGAUGCCACUUAAUAACUUGAUUUCAGCCCUGAGGCUCCGUUUUGAGGGAUCCUUCAAGGGACUAAUGGAAAAUUUACAUGAACAAUGACUGAUCCUGAUGAGUCAAGCAAGGUUCAUCAUCAGCGAUGAUUACUUGUGCGAAAAACAUUUCUUCAACCCGAAGUUAUUUUAUGUGAUUUAUAAUAAGAGGAUUGAAGUGGACAUGAUUUGUGUUGCAAAGCUCUGGAGGGGAUUCCAAUGAUCAUGGAAGAGAAAAAAGAGACACUUUAUUUGUGUGAAAGCUAGAUGUUCAAAUGUUUUAUUUCAUGCACUGCGUGAAUAUCAUCAAUGUAGUUCAUCAGAAUCAUUUGCACAGUUACUGUUCGUUCAUUCAUUCAUUCAUUCAUUCAUUCAUUCAUUCAUUCAUUCAUUCAUUCAUUCAUUCAUUCAUUCAUUCAUUCAUUCAUUCAUUCAUUCAUUUCAUGAACAAACACAAGCUGUUCUCAGAACAGUAUACACAUUUUUACUUGACUGUGGUGCCGUCAUUUUCUUUCAGCAGCUAGUGACAAAAUGGCAGCCCCCUGAUAUGAAAAAAAAAUGCCCCCCCUCGGCUAUGCUACUGUGGUUCAACAGAAUUAUUAAAAAAAAAUACUCAUGAAACAGGCCUGGACCAAAAUGAUUCUACCCCUAGAAAGGAUUGAAAAUAAUUUGAGCAUUCAACCAAAGUAUGUUCUCUAAAGCAAGUGUCUUCAAACUUGUAAAUAUACUUGUAAUUUACUUGUAACUAUAUCGAGUCUUGUAAUUAUAUCACGUUACUGUGCCGUUUGGCGACAUGAAGUGGACCACAGUAAACAUGGGCCACAGGAAGCGAUGGAGAGAAUUGUUGCAGAAGAUUAGAAAGAAAAUUACAGAAAUCUACAGAAAGCACUCCACCAGUUGUAACAAUAUUCAAAUCUUCUGAGAAAGACUUAAAAAAAAAACAUGCCUGUGAAAUGUGUCACAUUUUUCUCUUGGAAUUCAGGCUAAAACGUUUUAAAAAAUGUACCUUAUAGCACUUAGCUGAAUAAUCCAGAUCUACGGGAUCUACGUACAGUAAGUGGUAAGUCAUUCAUUCAUCAUCAUUGAAUAUUGUCUCAAUAAUUACAGGUCCGCUAAAGGCAGUUCCUGAAUAACACACCAGCUGCUGCAUUUGAUCUUGUAAUUCAAGUACAAAUUUGUGUGACAACUUUUUCAGUGCAAUUUUAACAACACAUGAUACACGUCCUCUAUAGUCCACGUGUCAGUUGGUGAGGUGCUGCAAACUGUGUUUUUUUUUCCCUUUAGAUUUUUCCAAGACUCACAAACUUUUCUUUCAUAUUCAUCUGCAUUUAUUUGUGUGUUUCUCUUUUCUCUCUGGUUAACAAUCUAGAAGUAGUACCUAUUUAGACAAACAUAUCUUGCUAUCUAUUCCAAACAACAACACUACAGAUACACAUCUCUUCUCUCCAACGAUAUAAAAUGUACUCAGAUAAUAUAUGUUCUGUUUUGCAUUUAUGUGUAUAAUUGUAAAAAUAUAUAGGUCUAUAUUACAACACUGUAUAUAAACUCCUGUAUGUAAUCAUAGUCAAUUCAAUGUCUAUUCUCGGGAGUCAGCUUUAUGCAGUAAUAUUUUAAAUUGUUGCUUUGAUGAUUAUCAGUGAGUGGGCACGUGUCCAUUGCAAAAAUACCUGCAAGAGUUCAUCCAUCAUUGACCAACAUUUUUUGCUGUUGUAAAUUUCCAUUUUACUGUCAUGCAAGCAUGGAAUCCUUCUCGUUUGUUACUUGAAUCGUGUAUAACAAUGUAUAAAAAUGUAAUUCCUCAAUUUACUGUAUAAAACAUGACUAAAUAAAUUAAUG